AUGGAGCGAAUCGUCCGCGACGAGAAAUACAUUCGCGACCAAACGGCUGCCGUCGACCAGAGUCUUAGAAGGUGCAAAGCAUUGGCAAAUAUCAUGGUGACGAUGAAGAAACUGGCAAUGGUGCAAGAUCCCACAAUCCAAAGGACCAAAAAGAACCACGAGACGAGGAAUCCUUCUGCUCAAAAUCAACAACUCACCAAUGGCUACCAUCAGCUCACCAACAACUUAGAAAUUGCCGCACCAUUCACUCCGAACAUCUCACGAAACGCGCCUGAACAGCUACCGCCCGUUCAACAGCCCUCAAAUGAACCGUCUCCUGCAGCCGAACUUGAUGUCGUCUUAGAAGAGAUGUCACCGACCGGAAUCCCACCUCGACCACCAAGCCGUUACUCUGUGCAAGAUGUCCGAAUGAAAUUCCAAAAACCACCAGAACUUCCGGAGCAAAUCAAAAAUCUGAUGGAAGAAGUCGCGCGGCGAGGUUCUCCGGCUCCUGAAUCCAAUGAACGAAGGUUAGAAUUGGAGGAACGACAGGAACGGUUGGCUGAGAAACAGCGUCAGUUGUUAUCACAAUUUCAACAGCUUCAACAAAUGACACCAUUACCAUGA